GAUUUCUUCUCAGAAAGUCUAGCGACUCUGUGCUGACUUGGCGUACCCUCCUCCAGAGUCUUCACACAGCUACCUCCUGCUUAGCUUUCAGCUCUUGGCUCACAUGUUACCGCCGAGAGGCCGCCCUGACCUUCUGAGCUAAAGCAGCAUCCCCAGCCCUCCACCAAUCACUAUCUCCUUGCUCUCUUCUCUUUUCAUUGUGCGUAUCACUAGGAACAUAUCUUCUUUGUUUAUUUGCUUUCACACUGCUUGUCUCUGUUCCCCUCUAGAAUGUGAGUUCCAUGAAGACUGGGUGUUUUCUUGUUUCCCCAGAAUCUAGAACACCACCUGGAACCCAGCAGGACAGUCAAUAUGAUUGGAAUAAAAACAUAAAUGAACUUCUCCUUUAGAAAGGAAAGGCCUGGCUGUGAACUGAGUGUUGGGCAACACAAAUCCUCCAGUGAGGAGGCCUGCUGGGGUCUUCGCAGGCCCGCCCCGCGCCCAGAGGUGACGGUGACUCCUGGUGGCCAGCAGGAGUGGGGACCCGGCACUGGACAGGCUUAACGCUGGAGUAUAGGAUUCCUGGCGGGGCCGGGGGGAGGAGAGAGGGGUGCGGAGGGAACACAGAGAACACGGGGUGAAGGGAUGUUAAGUGUGGGGUCGGGUUGGGCGCCGGGGCGAGGGGGAGGGUGGAAGCGAUCCGGCCGGGAGGGAAGAACAAAAGCUGUGGCCGGCCGUCACCCGAAAGCCCUUCGGCCGUUUAAUCUACAAGUAGGGGGUUGCCAAGAAGGGAGGGGAGGGAAGAGCGCGGGGAGCGCGCGACUCGGCCCCGAAAUCGGAGUCUGCAUUUACCACGACGCCUCGCCCGUAGUCUGGCGCCUCCUCACUGCUCCCGGCCAUGUUUCUCUGGGGAAAGCGGGAAGCAAAGAAGGGAACGGGAAGGAUCCGGGAGGGUGACGGGCCGGGAGCGGGUGGGGAUGGGGCUGCCCUGCCCGGGCCGGCGGACUGGAAAGCGGCGGCGCGCCGAAGACCCCAGGCCUGGCACGGGUCCAGCGCCUAGGCCGGCGCCCCCACCCCCGGCCGGUCCUCUGGCGGGGAUGCGGGGCCCGGAGCGCGCCGCCGGGGUGGGGAUGCGGGGCCCCGAGCGCAGAGCGGAGGCGCGGGGCGCAGCUGCCGAGCAGCGCCAGCCCCACCUGAGCGCCGGCCCCGGGCGCCCGCGCGCGUCCCCUGCGGCCACCGCCCAUCUGCGAUCCCCGCGCCCCGCCGCCUGCCCCGCGCCCCGUGGGGACUCGGGAGACCCAGGCGGCCCGCGGCUCGGUUUUUACAGGAACAGAAAGUGUGCCCAGGUCCCCCGCCUCCUCAAGUCUGUCGUCCCAGCUUUCAGGCUAACAAGGUCGUUGAAUCCUUCCUGCUGAC